UUGAUUACCAAAAAAUUCAGAAUGUCCUCAUAAAGACAAUUAUAAGAGUAACACAAUGUAAUAAAAUGUUCAGCGAGUCUUGACAGGUAAAGGGACUUUGAUCACCCUCAUCUCUGCAUUUACUUCCUGGAAACGCGUUACCAUGGAGACGAUGGCGCCUAGAAAUGGACGGGAAACGCUUGUCUAAACACAGCUAGCUUAACAACCCAAAUCUUUUAAAUCACAGAUAACAGUUUUCUGCCUUUCCUUUUGUUUAUAUUUGUAUUGAAUGUACACCCGCUUUUGUUCAUUUGGUUUACAGGAAUCUUUGAAAACUCCGUAAUGGAUGGUGACAGUGAUCAAAUAAAGGAGAACCUGAGGCUUCAGUUCCAGGCUCUGCAAGAGCAACAAGUACAACGUAUCCAGAAGAGACUGGAGAUGAGAAAGGAGGUGGACAGGGACAAUACAAGCUUAAAUGAUCUGGACAAUAUAAACAUGACGGAAGAAGAUGAAGGAAUGAUUGAUCACUUCAAUGCCAGGGUGAUGCAGAAUGAAAACGAGCAGUUGCAUGAUCAGCUGAGGGAGCUGAGAGAUGAGAACGGCAGACUCUAUAAACUGCUGAGUGAGAAAGACUUUGAGAUUAAACACCUGAAGAAGAAGAGAGAAGAGGACAGGUUAGCUUUAGCAGGUACCGCUGGUCUGGCAGGAGAGGCUGCAGCAACCAAAAUUGUGGAACUGUCCAAAAAGAAUCGUGAAUUAUCUGCCGAAAUGGAACGAGGGAAGACCAAAAUUAAAUUAGCAAACAACAGAGUCAAAGAACUAGAGAAAGAGAUUCAGGCCACAUUGUUACUUCAUCCUGGACAGAAGACAAACCAUAAGAAGGCCUCACGGACUGUGGAUGAAAAUAGUCCAGUGGUAAAAUCGCUACAGGAGAAGCUAUCUGCCUCCCAACUGAAAACAUCCGAGUACCGUAACCAAAUUCAAUCCCUUAAGCAAGAAUUAAAAAUGGCUCAUAAGGUAUUGAGCUGUGAGGUGGGUGAAGAAGUAAACAUUCAGCAGAUACUGUAUAAUCCAGGAGGCUGGAGAGGUCGUUCUCAACAGAUCCUGGCCCUUCAGAACAGAGUGCGAGACCUGGAGCAACAACUGAGUCAGUCGUCUCACAGGAAACAGCUCGAGGACCUCGGCCUGGAAGAUGACAUCAUCGGAAUGGGAGGUCUGCAGAAGACACAAGACAGAAACUUCAGCCACAUCCGUAAUAUAGAGAAAGAGCGGAAGGAGACAUUGGAGAAGCUCACCAUGGACUAUGAAGUUCUUCUUGAAGAGCACUCAGAUAUAAAGAAGAAACUUGAGGGCUCCAAAGCCAGGAACAAAGUGUUGAGCACAGAGGUUAAGACUCUGAAGUCCCAGAUCUCUACCCUACUGGAGAAAGGCAGACAUGACGAUGAGCUGGUCGAUACCUUACUGAAGCAGCAGACACAGUGGCAGGCCAUGCUGGGUCAUCUGAGUCAGAAAGGGUCACAGCGUGAGGAGCUCCAGCAGGGCCUGGAGAGACAACUGCACAGUGAGACCCAGAAGCACAAUUCCCUUAUCCAGCAGCUCAAACACAUGGUGUCAGAAAAAGAGAAGAAGGUCAGAGAGCUGGAGCAGGAGAUCCAACAACUGGCCAUCAAGAAGCAGGAGGCAGGCGACUCAGAUGGUAAGAUUGGUCCUAACAGCAGAUUUUUAACAUCGCAACAGGAGAACAUCAGGGAGUCAAACCGUACCAGCUGUUCAGACUGUGCUGUUAAAGUCCCGUCACUCCAGGCUCAGUGUUCAGAGUUUAAGGCUCUCUAUCAAGCUGCCAGUGUGGAGAGAGACAAACUGCUGGAGCUGACCAAGAUGCUACAAAACAGGGAAGAAGAGUUGAAGCGGCAGUGUGAAGAAGCCGAGCAGAAACUCAGACAAGAAUGGCAGCGUUCGGUCGUGCUGGAACAGCAGCUGGAGAAAGCCAAACUGGACUCGAGGAAAGAAUCAAGUCGGCCUGGAACUAAUCGGAGUAGAACAGGAAGCUCUGGCAGCUCUCUGAGUCUCCCUGAGAGACAGGAAAGCCUGUUUCCCAGAAGCCCCACAGAUGUCAAUCAUGACGCUCAACUUAAUGAACUCAGAGCCCGACUGGCACUGCAACUGGAGGAGAACGAGGCCUUGAGAAACACCCUGAGGAACACCUUGAAGGAAAAGAAAGAGAGCUUGCAAUUCUACAAGGACAUGAUGGACCAAGCCAAACAGAGCUUCCAGCAAGCCCACAAAAAGCAUGAGCAGGGGACUUAGUUUGUCGGAAAACCUCCCUUUUGAUGAUCGACCUCAAAGAGGCUCUUUGCUCGAAAACAGAGAUCCCUUAAGGACAAACUGGUUUUGACUGGACACUCAAUCUACAUACGAUGUCUUGUGUUUAUGUCACUCAAACUUCAAGACUCCAUCAGCCCAUCAAGCAUUGAGAGGUCACGGGAGAUAAAUCCAUGAUACUUUUUACAGCAAGGUGAGUUUGCAACAUUUAGAAGCAAGAACGUUAGUUAUCAAGUUCUCAUCUGAUGUUUACCAAGUUAAUACAAUGUACUUUGAAGAAAA